CCAGAGGAUCUGACAGAGCUACACACCAGCUCCAAGCCCCCCGUUCUGGUCCCCCCAUGAUGGACACUCUCUCUGGGGCAACUCCUCUAUUUCUGUCUGGUCUGCGGGCCCGAGACCCGUUGCCUCGCUUCGGUCAGAGCCUCAAAGUCCCCGCAGUGGAGUACGUAGAGGGUUGUUGAAGACAGGGCCACCAGAGGGGUGUCACCCGGACACCCCCGAUCAACAAGGCCUUUUGGGGGAGAUUUGAGUCCAAAUGAUGGAUUAUAUACAUGGAAGGAAAUUUGCGGGACUUUUUUGGAGAAGGACGAGUGAGAUGCAAGGCUCCGUAGCAGCUGGAACCCUUAACUCUGGGUUCUUGCAUCCUAUAGUCAAACAUUUCAUGUUUGAAUGAAUAACUGAGCUGCUGAAGACACAACCAAGCCUGCAUCAUGUCAUCGGUGGAGAAGCGUCGUUCGGGUCGUUCGGGUCGCUCGAGACGGAAAAGUGGCAAACAUCGAAAGUACAGUGAUGGAGGCUUUAGCGACACCUCGAGUGGCGGAUCCUUCCUAGACGAGACCGACCGUGAAGUCAGGAGCCUCACUGACAAAGCCUUCAGGAGUCUCUGCAUUGGGGAUGAGGCCGUUUAUAAUGACUCGGACCUGGGUCCUUCAUCACCGGGCAGCCAGAAGGACAGGCAACUGGCAUUUGGUCAGAGUGGACUUGAAAGAGAGGACAGGGAGGAUCUUAAAAGAACUGCACAUGACAGCUUUAGUAUGAUGGUGCAGCAGUAUGGACAGAACUGGAACCCUGAAGGAAUGUAUGGGGCAGAAAAGAACAUAAAUCCCACAUGGGAAGUUUAUGGAGACAUGACACAGGGGAGGCUUUCUGCCACAUUCCAAAACUCCUUUAUGGAAAUGUCCCAGCAAGAGAGAUUUCUUAGAGAAGACCACCUGGGCCAUUUCAGCAACGGACUGUCAGAUCUGAGUUUGCAGAAUCGCAGGAGUCGUUCCAGAGUUUCUUCUCUUAUAAGAGCAUUUAACUCUGAGGAUGGAGCAGUUAUGGAGGGUCAACUCAGAGAUUGGAACGAGACAAGUUGGAAUAGACCAGCUCUGAUGAGCAUGCCUACAACAUAUCAGCAAAACUUUACUAAUGGUCAAUUCCAAUUCUCAUCCCAGGAUGUCAACCUUUACACCUCUGGAGCAGCUGCAGUGUCUCAUAUGGACACUGCUUCCUCCUUCAUGGCAUCUUCCCACAGUCAACACAGCACGAUGACACAAGUAGACUGUAACACAAACGUCUUUAUACAUAGUGAGUACAGUCCUUUUAGAGUAUGGAGAGAGCAUAACAGGUUACGCUUUCAACAAGGGGAAGUCUCAGGGUUGAUGCACUGUUCAGAGUUCCCAAAGUGGAAUCAUACAACCAUGUAUAAGCAAACAAAUGGGUCCUCUAUGUUUCAAGAGAGAAGUAUAAGGAAUCACAGGACUAUGAUUACCCCUGUAGUUCCAAACCAUCCUUCAAUAUCCACAAGGUUGCAGAAAGCUUCCGCUAUAGAGAAACGCUGUGAAUCUGACUUGGCAGUACAUCAUCCACUCAUAAUGAGGACACACAGUCUGGGAACCAAAAGACUUACAUCCCAGCGGCCAUCAACUGCAUCACCCACUACUGAUGUGUCUUCCUCUGCUCAGGACACCGUUAAAGCUCUCCAGGAACAGAUAAAAAUGAUGACUGGAACUGAGACGGCAGCUGAGAAACAAGGAGUGCUUUGCAAAGACUUCACACCACUUGACUAUGAUGAUGUAACAAUGGAGCAAAAUGUUCCAGGCAGAAACAAUCUGCUCUCACCACAGCUUCCUGUGGCCCAAGCAGAGCCACCAGAACCUUGUCAGUAUGCAGGUCAUCCCGAAAUUGUGGAACAUGCUCCAGUUCGUGUCGACAGCAGCGGGGCCACUCCUAAUGUCAGAAUGUCAAGCUAUAAAUCUAAAGCCACUAGCCUCCUCUUCAAUCUCAAAGACAACAGGAAAAGAGUAAAAAGUACCUACAGUCCUAGUAAAUAUAAAAGCUUUGAGACAGUAGAAAAAAGCAAAGACACACCUUUACAGCAACCCAAAGACACUGUUAUAGAUAUACCUGAAGAUCUACCAUCAGAUGGUUAUGAAUCCAGCUGGAACCCACAUCAGUAUGUCAAACCAUCCAACAGUCCUAAGCUCUUAUCUGGAGUAACCAUCAGUCAUCCUACCACAGGCCACAUUUCAGACUAUAAGACUGUUAAAAGACAAGAUGAGCAGGUUAAAAAUUACACCAGUAAUCAAUUGAUUAAUGGCCAAAACCUUACUAAAGAACAGCCGUCAUCUACUUCCUAUACGGAAAACACAGACUUGCUUAAGCAACCUGGCAGAGAAUAUCUAACAAGCAAGGAUUCAAAUGAAGCAGAUGUGAGGCAAUCUGCACAGGUGUCUGGCUAUUAUCCAACAGACAGCAUAAACGACAAUAGUGUUUCAAAGGAAACGUUGAGAUCUAUACGUACACCAAACACAGAAAAAUACACACUACCAGCAACUGUAGCUCCAUGGAAAGAAGACCAACAUGUUCAGGCUAAUAUACAAGAAAUCCACAUAAAGGAGGAGAUCCGUUCACCAAAACAGCAGAACAUGAAUAAAAACAUUGACAGGCAGCAGUUAUACGCUUCACAGGUAACUAUAGAUACCGUAUGUGCAGCAAUGUUAAAAGACAACCAGCAACCAUUAAAAUCUAUUAUGCAGGGCAGUUCAAAGGUCCAUCAAGUGAAAGAUGGACAAUUCACGGAUGUCAAAGCUGAACAAACUAGAGCAAAUCUAAUUCAAUCAGAGCAGAUGCCAGUAUCGCUGCCUAAAGUCGAACGAUGGAAUCAUGUGGAUACUCCCAAAGACAAUACUGCAGAAUCAGCACAACCAGUGAAGACAGAUGUAACAAUAAAAAUAAGGAAAGAAACAGACAGAACCAUUAAGGAAAGCCCAAAAGCCGAACCAAGCCAAUUUACAAAUAGAAAAGAAAAAACAAUUAUUGUUAGAGAACAAGUGGAACACAUAAGAGAAACCAAAGCAAAACAAACCAACACACAGGAGCUUAAAGGCACGGAUGUGGAAAAUCAACAGUUGAUAAUAGAGACAACACAAAGUUCCCAAAAAGAUUGUAUGAAACCAAAUCAAGAUGAAGUGAAACCCGUCAGAAUUGAACAAGAAGGUGAUAAGAAAAUGGUACAGCAAGUAAGAGAGGAAACGUUUAUUACAGAAAUGUCUGCAGGGAAACAAAUAAAGACAGACAUACCUAAGGUGAUGGCUAAACCUGACCUAGCCAGCACAAAGAUAGAUAAACAGAAUGUUGAAGACGUACAAGAGAAAAAAGCUAAGGCAGAGCAAGUUCAACCUAAAGCAGAAAUACAUGAAACUAAAGAAACUAAUUCUGAGGCCAAAAAAGCAGAACAAGUCAAGCUGGAUCUAAUCAACAUGGAUCUAGCUAAAGUAGCAAUAGCAAAACAACAACAAAUGACAGAAAGGUUGACAAAGCCUACAAUUCUGGCAAAUCCACAACACGUCAAAAGUGAGCCUAGUAAAGUUGAGCGUGUAAAGGCGGAGUUAGCAAAAGCUAAAGCCGAGUUGGCAAAAAUAAAGGAGAAUAUGAAGGGACAGCAAAUAGAGAAAGUCACAAGCACAAUGAUCACAAUGGAAGAAGGCAUUUCAACAAAAGAGCUGACAAUCAAGCAAAGCAAAGAGCAGCCUCAGGCAACACAAACAAAUCAACCUUCUGAUAAAAUAUAUAUUACAAAUAAAGUGGAUCAUGAGGCUGAUUAUUAUGAGACUCUUAGAGAAAAAUACGGAUUUACUAACAAGGUCUAUUUUGGCAGAAACAAAACGGCUUCAAACAAUACCAAUGUAAUAUCAGCCUUACCACUUGAUAAUGUUAAAAAAGUCGAUGACAGCAAAUCAAAAAAUGAACAUCCCCCAAUUAGUGGCGAAACCAAACAGCAGGUCAAAGAGGAUGUAAAAUCCAAGAAGAAAGGGCCUGAGAGUCAUAAUGAUUACAGUGCGUCUACCAAAGAAUUCAAACUAUUACCGACUUGUCGAGAGAAAAGAGCACCUGGUGGUGUUGAUUUGGAUAAAGGAACGGAUGUCAAAGUUGACAAGUUGGAAAGAUAUGAUGCCUUGUCUCAUACUCAGCAAACACAUUCUGGGGGAAAACAUAAGUCAGAGUGUGGCACUCUGUCAAAUAAAGGCCUAAAAAUUACCUCCAUGAAAGCAUCAAGCCAUGAAGAGAAAGCUCAGACAAAACAGGAGAUUCUGACAUCCAAAAUAAAAGCACAUGCUGAGAAAGAAAUUUCAGCCAUCAUGGAAGUGUUUAAGCAAAUCCCUGCUAGUCCAAAUCUUCAUGAAAAGCUGAGGCCUCCACUGCACGAGAUGUCAAGAGGCAAUGGAAGCACAGAACCCAGCAAUGGUACUUCAAAACAUCACAUGGGAACAUUAGGUGUGCAACUUGUCAAGGAACUUCCCAGCUCUAGAGGAACAUCGGGUCAGAAUCUUGAUCACUUAGAGAAGGACGUUCCUAUUGAACCUGGGAAGGACAUUGACCCUAUACUUGAACCACCAACAGUGACAAAUAAUGCUCCAAAUUCUUUGAGCAUAGAUGGAAGCUUACUUAAGAAUCAGACACAAUCAAGUCAACCUGAAACACAAAAUAAGGAGCAAGAAUUAACGCAAGAAAUACUGCAAGAAAACCUGGCAGAAAAGUUGGGAAAACCGAAAAAUGUCAUACCCAAUCCUGCAUUAAACUCUGAUCAACUUAUGGAGGAGUCAUCACAAUCCACAAGCACACAGAGCAUAGUUCACAAUAAUUUUGUCUUCGGUCAGACUGAGACCUUUGUGGCUAAGGACAAUUUGCAGAUCCUGGGAAAAACUGUUAACGGAAAAAAGAAUGCCGAACAAUGUAAUGCUGACUCAGACAAAUCAUGUGUAGAAAUGUGCAUGACGAAUGAGUUUGUGUUGGAUGGGAAUAGAGAAAUUGCAGGGGAAACUCAUUCUAUAGAGACGCAACUUAAAGUUAGUAUGAAUAUGCAUCAUGAUGUCACAAAGAAUAUGCUCUCUCCCCUGCAGCAAUCCUCUAAUAUCAGUGCAGCAUCUCAAAGCAAAGUACAAGUGGAAGAAGCCCUGACUGGAAAAGAUGCUUCCCCUGCAAUCACUUUAAGUUCUAUAAAUAAAGUGCAAACCGAAACCCAACUCCUUUACUAUAAACAGGACAUGACGACAGCAGAAAAGGCAGAAUGCACUCUUCAAACAUUCAAAGAAGAUUCUGUAAUUAACUGCAUCAAACAUCAAGAGGAAAUUCAUACAGGAGAAAUAAAGUUACAGCAUACAGCACCCAAAGUCAUAAGCUCAGGUAUCAACUACGUCCAGGAUUCCGACGAGGUUGUUGCAGAAACUCAAUCCGUAACACCGUCCCUGGAAGAGGAUGUGGCACCUGCUAUAAAGCUAUCUAAAUGCAGCAAUAUAGGGGAUAAGAGUGCACCCCUAUCGGAAGAAAAGAGCAAUUACAUGGCUAACCCUUUAGCUGAUAAGUUAAACAGACAUGAAUCUCCAAAACCUGAGGAGACAAACCUUGGAGAAAUUAAUCAACAAGAAGAUGUUCAUAUAGACAGCAUUGAAAUCAAAGUUGUCCCUGGAGUACCAGAGAUUGACAAUGUGGCAAAGCAUCUCAACACAACAUGUUCUAAUGUGGCUACAACUGAUCAAAAUCAACCAGACACAUCAACUAACCUGGACAAAAGCAUGAGCAUAUUAAUCAAAGAUGAUGAAGCUAAAUACCCUGUCACAAAAGGCUGGGAGGAGCAGGUGGAAGAUAAGUUGAAAGACAAUCUCAGUGUACAACAUGUUUUAUCCAGUGUGAGAAAAUUGGCGGACUCACUGAAGAACAAGGAUCAACAACAAAGCAUAAAUAAAGCAACAGAUCAUGGGGAGGUAGACUUAGCACAAAGAAAUGAGACUACCGCAAAUGUAUUGCCUAAUGAAGGAAACUACUUCCAAGUUCAAUGCAUGCCAGAAAAAAAUCCCGCUUUUAAACAUAUGAGUACAAAUGUUGGAGAUAUGUCGACCGUUUCAAAGGCAAUGGAACACUCUGACCAACUAUCAAGUCAGACUAAAUCAGAAUCUUCAACAUUAACUGUUCAGACAAGAGGAGUAACAGUUAAGAGCCCUUCAAGACAGAAUGAUUGGCCCUCAGAGUUGCAAAACAGAGAAAAUAUAAAAGAUAGGAAUGGGGCAAAACAUCACUCUGAAGUUCGAUCUAGUUUAUCAGAAAAGGAAAAACAGAGCUCAAGAAACCCACAACCAGCCAGGGAGGAACCGCAAGUCAAGUCAAAGCCAAAAGACAGAGUGUCAACAAUUCCUGAUAUAUCAGCCUUGGCGGACUAUGCCAGAUUGAAAGUCAUUGUUUCUGAAGAUAGAGAAAACACACAUCAGGAAUUCCCUCCACACAAAAAAGAAGGAUUCUUUCCACUGAUAAAGUCUCGUCAUAGCAGACGCCCCGUGUUCACUUCUGACAUUCAAGACCACUACGUCAAGGAGAAUAUUUUGCCAAAAAAAGCAGAGCUUAAUGCCAAAGUCAACAAGGAGCCCAAACCUGUUGUCUUUCCCAUUACUGAGAUAGAACAUCAACGGACUGGGAUGUUCAAACUGGAGGACAGAGACAGACUAGAAAAAAAUGUUUUACACGUCAAAGAUCACAAGAGAGCUUUGGAAAAACAUCUACAAGAUCUGAAGAAAAUGACUCAAGAAGCUCAGGUUCAAAAGGAGGUGGAAGGCAAAGAGGUGUUUGAGUCUAGCAGACAAAGAAAUAUUCAUUUUACACAAACUACCCCAUCAUCAUCAUUCAAUAAGCCGAGAGAAACCAAUUGGUCAGUAAAACAACUUGAUGAUGCAAAUUUAAAAGAAGAUAGCAAAUCAAAUGUAAGACGAUUUGAAAAAAAUGCAAAUACAAACAAACUAGAUGAAACUAUAUCAGACAAACUUCAAAAAGUAAAGCUGGAAGCUUAUCCCGAAAAAGCAAAAGUCAAACUACAGCAGGUUUCUAGAGGAAGGGAAGACAAAACUACAGAGGACAUGAGCGUGAUCAUAGGUGAGAGGGGAGCUUUUAUAUCAGAAGAGCAAAGAUGUGCACAAAGAGAAGCAGAAGAAUGGGAAAAACUAAAGGAAACAGCACAACGAAUGGAGGAAGAAAGACGAGCAAAACAAACAGAAGGCAGGAGAGAAAAUACGACAGAAAAUAAAAGUACGAUUGAAAGGAAAGGAAAUAUAGCUGAAACUCAAGAGUAUGAGCGGGAAAGCAUGGUGGUGGGGGAUCAAAACAGACUCAGCCUGGAGGACAGAACUGCUCAAGAGGAAGAGCAGAUGAGAGCUCUGCUCAAAGAAGAACAGCGUCUAGCCAAGAAGAUUGAGGAGAGAAGACGCGCAGAGAGGAGGAGAAUUAAAAAUAUUCAAGAGCAGGAGAUGGAGACGCAGCAGAAGGGAGAAAGGAAGGGACGAGAUGAACCGGUGCUAUGUGCGGAUAAACAGGGAGCUAUUGAACAACAAAGAGAGGAGCAGCUACCCAGAGGUGAGGGUGCAACUGAAAAGGUGAGCAGAAAUGAUGAGACCAAAGCUAAAAAGAAAGAACAUUCAACUGCUCACGGGGAGAGAGUGUCAAAGUCAGAGGAGCAGAAACGAGCAGCCCUAUUAAUUGAUGCUCUUCAGUAUUACACCAUCACCUCAACAGAUAAGAAACCUAAAGAAAGACGAGCACGCUCCCCAGUACCUCUUCAAAAAAGAAACCAUCCACCUGUGCCAAGUGAAGACUCAGGACUUCAAAGAACUUCACAUAGGCCUCCAGUUGCAGCCUCUCCUGCUCCAUCUCUCCCACGCUCCAAUGCUUCCUCCCCAGCCUUGGGAGCCAAACCCUUAAUGUUCAGAGUGAAGGAUAACACUACCAAAGGUUCUCCUUUCAUCAAAUCAGUCAAACCACGCUUCCAUAAGAAUUUUGGAGAAGAUUCCAGAGGGGCUUCUCCCAUGGAAUGGAGAGCAGACAGAAGAGAAGACGAGCAAGAGAUCAUGAGACGUAACACAGGAACUCCAAUCAAUGCUGACACAAGCACAGGAUUAAACAGACUUGUUUCUAAAAAUGAAUCCUCGAACAAUCUGACCGUAUCAUCAUCACAAGAAUACUCCGCUCCUCUUCCACACCACAAACCCUUCUCAAGGAGAAACAUCGCUCCAGAAGAAGAGGACUUUCGUUCCGUCAUCAGUAACAUAUCUGAGGAUGUGGAGAGUUUUGCCACCAGUGCGACUGACCUGGCGGACGUACGAGGGUUUUAUGACUAUGAGAGGCCAGUAUCAGCCUGCAGUCUUAGCAGUGAUAUGUCCCGUUUGGGAAAACCUCCAACAGUUCCCCCCAAAAGUGACAAAGCCUUGCGCAAGGCACAACGGCUGACUACUCGUAGAAUACGGAAAGAGAUAAGCCAAGAUACUCCUGCAAUCCCUGAGGAGAAACCACAACAGAGAACCUCCAGUAGGGCUUCUUCUGCCUCCUCCGAGGUAUGGUCUUCAAACCGCCAUGCCGUGGCUUCUCCGCAUUUUUCCCCUCCUGUCUCUCUCACUUAUGCCCCGACUCUUGGGUCUAGCUCUACGCACACAGAGAACCAGCACUCUCCCCUCAUUUCCCAUACUUCACCUCACUCUACCGUCCCCAUCUUCCUCCCUCUUGCCUCCCCUCCCGUUACUACACCUGCGUCGCUAUCAGUUGCCUCCCAUUAUUCCACUGCUCCCAUCUCACAUUCAGUAGCUACACCUCUUCUCUCUGCACCUGUAUCACACCCAGUAGCAUCUCCUCAUGCCCUUUCCUCAUUCUCAGCUGCUUCCCCUCAUCUUAUUGCACCCGUGUCGCACUCAGUCACGUCUGUAUUGCAACCGGUCGCCUUGCCUCAUUCCACUACACCCGUACUGCAACUAGUAGCCUCCCCUCACUCCACUGCUCCUUCAUGCCACCGUAUCGCCUCACCUCACAUCCUUGCCCCUUCAUCCAAACUCGUUACCAAAACUCAAGUCCUUGCACCUGCCUCCCCCCAAUCUUCUGUAUCCCAACCCAUCCCUUAUGCCCCCCAUCUAGUUGCCACCUCUCAUGUCACUGCACCCAUCUCCCUCCCAGUGUCCUCUCCUCAUGCUUCUGCCCAAAUUACCCACCCUACUGCUUCAAAUAUGGUUCCUCAUGUUCCUUCUUUUCCCACUUUCUAUUAUGCUACCCACCCAGCUGCAGUGACACAGUACCAUGUACAGUCCUACCCACUGACCCAGCGUAAGGUGUUGCAAGACAUUGGUUCUGGACAAUAUUUUCUUGUGGAUGCACCUAUUGAGGUGAAAACGAAGACUUUCUUUGAUCCACAGACUGGAAAUUUUGUUCAGCUUAAUGUGCGUGACUCUGGACAGAGCAUAUUCCAACAUCAGCCUAAUUUAGAUUUCCCCCAACCCAAUUUCCAACCACAUUUGCAGCACAACCAGCAUCAUAAAGGCUACCAAGCGUAUCCAGAAGUAUUUAAACCUGCAGGCAUCUCCUCUACAUCUUCCCAAAGAUCAUCCUCAGGAGCCCAGGAUGAAACAUAUUUGACACAUCAAAGCAAUGAAAACGCACAGAAAUCUAAGGGUCAAUGCUACAGCCCAGAGCAAACCCCAUACAUGGAUACAGUUAAUGAUGCAAACAAAAGACAAAACACUGUUUACAACACACAAGAGUUGUUCCAAGAGUGCGACACAAACAGCCAGCUUGCAGGAAGCACAAUUUGUGAAAAUGAUAAUGCAGUCCGCGAUAUAAUAACCAUGAGUGAACUGGAUGACUUCAUGGAGCUGACUGACUGGUGAAGAUAAAUGAAUACUAGCUUUGGGGUUGUUGUGAAUGUCAAUAUAAACAUUACAUAAUAAGUGUAUAUGUCUGUCAUGUGGAAACAGCAUCCGAAUAUUUUUAGCGCGACCUUGUGACAUGAUGCUAUAUUGCCGAAACUGUAUAAUAUUAGGCUAUUAUUUGUGCUACAGAGUUCACCAUUCCAUUUCCCUUUAUGAAUAUGAGGUAGGAAGAUAUCUCUCUUGUGUAAACACUGUGCUAGCACUACCCUUGGCUUGCUGAUGCAUGUGUUGUAAGUGGUCAACUUUCUGCUGAUGGUGUGAAGCUCUGUUUAAUGAAGCCGUAUGUAUGUCACAUACAUUGUUGAUCUGAGCUGUUGUGAAACGUCAGUAUUUAAUGUUGGAAGCUGUGUUUUGCGGUGAAACAAAGCAAUGUGACAUGGACUCAAAAACACAAUUGACUCAACAAAAUUUCUGCUCAUCGAAAUGACUACCUUUCAGAAAUUACAGUACCUGACGGAUGCAGAUUUCAUUUUGCGACUCGAAAACACAAUAAAAGCAAUUACAAAAUGA